AUGGCUACAGAUUUGUUGCUACAGCAGAUCUCCUCCAAAGAGAUCGUGAUCCUCGGCGACUUUAACGCCCAUCACGCCGAAUGGCUUGGUUCACGUUUAACCGAUCAUGCGGGGAGAUCUGUUCAUGAUUUUGCCUUGGCAUAUGGUCUGACACAACUGGUAACCUCGCCUACGAGGAUUUCAGAUGUGGAGGAUCAUGCACCUUCCCUGUUGGACGACGCCCCUUUAGGCUCCUCGGACCAUAGUCUUGUCCGGAGUGUGGUGCCACUCACGCUGAAAUCGCAGUUGCAUUCUGCAGGCUGCCGCCGUGUUUGGCACUAUAGGUCAGCCGAUUGGGAUGGGAUGCGGUCUUUCUUCGCAUCCUACCCUUGGGGGCGGGUUUGCUUCUCGCUGGACGAUCCCAACGUUGUUGCGGAUUCUGUCGCUGAUGUGGCACUUCAGGGUAUGGAACUUUUUAUUCCUUCCUCUGUGGUGCCCAUUAGAGGCAAAUCUCAGCCAUGGUUUGGUCUCUCCUGUAAAAUAGCAUAA